UCAGAAAAUUGAUUUUAAUAACACCAACAAAUUUGGUUUUUGUGAGAGUCAAUGUCUCUGUCCCUUCUCCCUAGUUGCUGUUAAUCUGAAGGUUCGUUUUUCCAAAAAUGAGAGAUUUUGGUUGAACAAAGAGAGAGAGAGUGUUGAAUUGAAAUUGAAAUUUGUCUCCUUUUUCUUUUCUCUGCUUUUCUUUUAUUUCUUCUUUUUCCUUUGGAUUUUAAAUUUGUAAGAAAGAAGAAAUUCGUACACUGAAGAUAUCAUUCAUACCGGUGUGUCUUUCUUGUGGGGCUCGUUGCUUUUAUUAGAGGGAGAGAGAGAGAGAGAGAGAGAGAGAGAGAGAGUGAAGAGGGUCUUUCUUCUUCUUCUUUGAUGUUUUUUUUUUGGAGUUGUAUUUGACCACUGAUUUUGUGGUUUAAGGUUUCUGUUACCGUUGUUUGAUUCAUCUGCUCCAUACCCAUUUUUUAAAAUUCAAUCUUUUCUUGUUUUUGGUUGAGUUUCAUGAACCUGUGAGCUGUUUUGCAAAUUUUGGGAUCUGGGUUCUCUAGGGUUUGAAGAGUUUGACUUUCUCUCUCCUUGAAAUUAGAAGUUGAAAAAACCUAUUCUGGGUGCUAGAGAAAACAAAACAAAUUUAACCUUUUUGUUUGUCUUUGUUGGUUUUUGACAUGGAAAAAUGGUGUUGAGAUUGAUGGGGUAAACUAUUUUGUUUGUGUGUUGUUUGUAGUGAUACAAUAAGGCUCAGAUUGAUUUGUGUGAGUAUAAGAGGAAGCUAUAAUGCAUCUCUCACUAUGGAAGCCUAUUUCUCACUGUGCUUCUCUGUUCUUGGACAAGAAGGGUAGGAGGAAAGGUGAAUCGACGGCUGACCUCAAAAGAAACCCAUCAAUGCUCCGGAAGCUGCAAGAGAACAAGCUGAGGGAAGCUCUUGAAGAAGCUUCAGAAGACGGAGUACUCUCUAAAUCGCAAGAUAUGGAACCUGACAAUGUUGGGAACCAAGAUGCCAGCAUUGGGAGAUCCAGAUCGCUGGCCAGGCUGAAUGCGCAGCGUGAGUUUCUUCGCGCCACUUCCCUUGCAGCUGAACGGACGUUUGAGUCCGAGGAAGACCUCCUCAGCCUCGAAGAAGCAUUUUCCAUGUUCCUCACUAUGUAUCCCAAGUAUCUGUCCUCGGAGAAAGUUGAUCAGUUGAGGUCUGAUGAAUAUUCUCAUUUGCCACCCAAGGUAUGCCUUGAUUAUUGUGGAUUCGGUCUCUUCUCUUUUAUUCAGACCCUUCACUAUUGGGAGUCUUGUACAUUUAGCUUGUCUGAGAUAACUGCAAAUUUGAGUAACCAUGCACUUUAUGGUGGUGCUGAAAAAGGAACUGUUGAACAUGAUAUAAAGGCCAAAAUUAUGGACUAUCUAAAUAUUCCUGAGAAUGAAUAUGGCCUUGUUUUUACCGUUAGCAGAGGGUCGGCUUUUAAAUUGCUGGCUGAAUCAUAUCCCUUCCAAACGAACAAAAAACUGUUGACCAUGUUCGACCAUGACAGCCAGUCUGUUAAUUGGAUGGCUCAGUGUGCUAGGAAUAAAGGUGCCAAAGUGCACAGUGCAUGGUUUAAAUGGCCAACUCUCAAACUUUGCUCGACUGAUUUGAGAAAACAAAUUUCAAAUAAGAAGAAGAGGAAGAAGGAUUCAGCUACUGGUCUUUUUGUGUUCCCUGUUCAGUCUAGAGUAACUGGGGCUAAGUAUUCGUACCAGUGGAUGGCGUUGGCACAGCAGAACAACUGGCAUGUCUUGCUUGAUGCUGGGUCAUUGGGCCCCAAGGACAUGGAUUCACUUGGCUUGUCCCUUUUCAGGCCAGAUUUCAUAAUUACAUCGUUUUACAGGGUAUUUGGGUAUGAUCCCACAGGCUUUGGAUGUCUACUUAUCAAGAAAUCGGUGAUGGCAAGCCUUCAAAAUCAGUCUGGGAGUACCGGGUCAGGAAUGGUGAAGAUUACCCCCGAGUUUCCAGUGUAUUUGAGUGACUCUGUGGAUGGUUUGGACAGACUGGCUGGUACUGAAGAUGAUGAAUUCGAUGGGGUUGGUGAUAAGACUUUUGAACCUCGCCACCAGGGAUCACAGUUGCCUGCCUUCUCGGGUGCAUACACGUCUGCACAAGUCAGAGAUGUAUUUGAUACUGAAAUGGACCAUGACAGCUCUGAAAGAGAUGGAACUAGCACUAUAUUUGAAGAAACUGGAAGUAUAUCUGUUGGAGAAGUGAUAAAGAGCCCUGUCUUCAGCGAAGACGAGUCAUCUGACAACUCAUUUUGGAUAGAUCUGGGUCAGAGUCCAAUGGGGUCAGACUAUGCAGGUCAAUCAAAUAAACAAAAGAUAGCUUCUCCCCUGCCAUCAUUCUGGUUCAAUGGGAGGAAGAACCAGAAGCAACAGUCUCCAAAACCUUCUUCCAAAAUGUAUGGCAGUCCUAUGUAUGAUGACAGAGAGGUUAACAUAGGUUCUCAUGAUGAUCACCGUGUUCUAUCAUUUGAUGCUGCUGUCCUAAUGUCACAAGAACUAGAUCGUGUCAAAGAGGUCCCUGAAGAAGAGUCUGUUGAAGAUGUUCAUCAUUAUUCGUCUAAUGGAAAUGGGUCUGAUCGUCCGCAUGUCAGUGAGAUAAUGGAAGAACCUGGAACCAGUAAAGCAGGUCAAAAUGGAUCUGUUGCUCCGAGAGGGUCUUGGCUCAAUAAUUCAGCUUCUCUUGCUCGACAUCAAAGCUUAGAAAAUGGCUCUACCUCUGGAAUAUGUUCUGAUAUAAAAGAGAGUGCUAUAAGAAGGGAAACUGAAGGCGAGUUUAGGCUGUUGGGUCGGAGAGAAGGAAAUCGCUUUGGUGGUAGUAGAUUAAUUGGUUUGGAAGAUGAUGAGCACAAUGGCAGAGGAAGAAGAGUGUCGUUUAGCAUGGAAGACAAUCAUAAAGAGCACCUAAGAGAGACCUUGGAGACAGGGGACAUAUCUGCAACUAGCUUAGAUGAUGAAGAGGUCAGUAGCGACGAAGAAUAUGGUGAUGCACAGGAGUGGGGCAGGAGGGAACCGGAGAUAGUAUGUCGAAAUAUUGAUCAUGUUGAUAUGCUUGGUCUCAAUAAAACUACACUUAGACUUCGGUUUUUGAUAAACUGGCUUGUUACUUCACUGCUGCAACUGAAAUUACUUGUUUCUGACCGGGAUGAAAAAGUAAACCUUGUUCACAUCUAUGGGCCAAAAAUAAAAUACGAAAGAGGUGCAGCUGUGGCUUUCAACCUCAGGGACAGAAAUAGGGGCCUAAUCAAUCCUGAGAUUGUUCAAAAGCUUGCUGAAAAAGAAGGAAUCUCUCUCGGCAUUGGUAUUCUGAGUCAUAUAAAGAUUCUUGAUAGCUCAAGACAGCGGCGUGUAUCUCUGAAUCUUGAAGAUACGACGCUUUGCAGGCCCAUGGAGGGCGGUCGGCGUGACGGAAAAGGCAGCUAUGUAAGGCUUGAAGUUGUCACAGCUUCAUUGGGAUUUCUGACUAAUUUUGAGGAUGUAUAUAAACUGUGGGCUUUUGUGGCAAAGUUUCUUAACCCAACAUUUAUCAUAGAAGGUGGCCUUCCUACUGUUCAAGAAGGCUCUGAGACAUGAGAUGGCAAAGUGGCUUUCAAUUUUAUUCAAUUUUGGAAACUGAUCAUGAAAGAUUAUUUGUGUUAUGUUUCUAAAUGACACAGCAGCAAAAAGCUACAGGAAGAUUGGAUUGGUGAUAAUUUUGUAUUCUGAUGGGAUAUACAAAUUCAUAUAUCUGCAUGAAGGCCAGGGGUUGAUUUGUUAGUUUUUGUUUCUUGUUGCUUACAUUUUUUCAUUUUCCUCUUUUUAUUUUUGAGCUGCUUGUAGAGUUGGUAUUAGAGAUUUGUUACAAUAUUGGGAAGUCAUAGUGUACUUUGAAGCAAAACUGUAUGGGUAGAAGUUCUACUUAUGAAUAGAACAGGAUUUCCAACUUUUGUAAAAAGGUAGUAUUAUUCAUUUUCAUGCUAUAGUUUAUAGUUUAUGAUACAUUCAAUGGUG